GGACCUCCGAUGUCUUUUAGCAGAUUUGUGAAGUGAAGCGAUGCAUGUGGAGGUCAAAGACUGUGUCGCUCUCAUCAUCUACACCUUCACCUUCCUGUUGGGACUUCCCGCCAACCUGUUCGUCCUCUUCGUGUACGUGCGCAAGGCCCGCAAGCGUGGCGCCACGCCCAACGUGGUCUACGCCCUGAACCUGUGCCUGGCCAACCUGGCCCUGGUGGCCUGGCUGCCGGUCAAAGCUCUGGAGAUGCUGCGUCAGGACUGGAAGCUGCCGUCGCUCGUCUGCACCAUCUACAGCUUCUUCCUCUUCUCGUCGCUGUACGGCUGCUGCCUCUUCAUCACCGCCGUGACCGCGGGGCGCUACCUCAGCAUCGCCUUCCCCAUCGUCUACAAGAGGUACCGCCACGCUCGCAUCUCUUGCUUAAUUAGCGCGGCACUUUGGGCGUUGGUGCUGCUCCACCUGGGCUUCGGCCUGGCGGCUGAAGGGGGCGCUCACUUUGUCUCCGUCAAAAAUGACACGUCAGUUUGCUACGACAAUUUCAGCCCCUCGCAGCUGGCCGUUCUGCUGCCUCUACGCCUGGAGAUGGCCAUCGUCCUGUUUCUGUGUCCCCUGAUAGUGACGUCCUUCUGCACGCUGCGCUGUGUGACUCUGGUGUGGCGUUCAAAUUUGCCCCUCAUGGGGAAGAGAAGGGUCCUGGCUGUCGCCCUCUCCACCCUCGCCGUGUUCGUGGUGUGCUACGCCCCGUACAACGCCUCGCACAUCGUGGGGUUUGCGCUGGGGACAAACGUGGAGUGGAGGACUUGCGCGAUGCUCACGAGCUCCUGUAACGUGUUCCUGGAACCCGUGGUCAUGCUGAUGCUGUCACCUGCAGGGUCCAGAGGCAUCAUGGGAAGAAUGUGCGGACGACAAAGUCAGUUCAGCCGGAUGGAAGGGGCUCGCCAUCAGUGCAACACCACCAACGGUGCCGCAAAUGUCAGGGCGCCACCUACAGUAUCUGAGAGGAGCCAAGUAGGGGUGGAGGUGAUGAAAGUCAGUCAGGAGUGAGGUCAGUGGACAGUCAGGGACAGAUUUCAACCACUUAACAAAAGGCUGACCUAAUAAAAUAUACA